ACGGGGCUCUCGACACCAACGUGAGGAUGACCCGGGUCGUGUCUCGUGACCCUUGGAUCCCUGGAACGGAGCUAUAUAAGGCGGGAGCCGGCAGGCGAGGGGGGCAGCGCAGCCGAGCGGAGCCCAGGAGAGGAGAGAGAGUGAGCGCCUGAGCGAGAGACGGGGAAGCCGGGAAGAGGCAGCCACCGGCGCGGCGGGACGCGAACGCAGGUGUCCGGGGCGCCGGCCUGGAGCUCCGCAGCCGCGAGCCAUGUACCGCUCCACCAAGGGCGCCUCCAAGGCGCGCCGGGACCAGAUCAACGCGGAGAUCCGGAACCUCAAGGAACUGCUGCCGCUGGCCGAAGCGGACAAGGUCCGGCUCUCCUAUCUGCACAUCAUGAGUCUCGCCUGCAUCUACACUCGCAAGGGCGUCUUCUUUGCCGGAGGCUCUCCUCUGGCCGGCCCCACGGGGCUGCUCUCAGCCCAGGAGCUUGAAGACAUCGUGGCGGCACUCCCCGGAUUCCUGCUGGCAUUCACAGCGGAGGGGAAGUUGCUGUAUCUGUCCGAGAGUGUGAGCGACCACCUGGGCCAUUCCAUGGUGGAUCUGGUGGCUCAAGGAGACAGCAUCUACGACAUCAUUGACCCAGCUGACCACCUAACUGUGCGCCAGCAGCUCACCCUGCAUUCGGCUCUGGACACUGACCGUCUCUUCCGCUGUCGCUUCAACACCUCCAAGUCCCUCAGGCGCCAGAGUGCCGGCAACAAACUGGUGCUUAUCCGUGGCCGCUUCCACGCUCACCCGCCCGGAGCUUACUGGGCGGGCAACCCCGUGUUCACAGCGUUCUGUGCACCCCUGGAACCGAGGCCCCGCCCUGGGCCCGGCCCCGGCCCUGGCCCCGGCCCUGCAUCGCUCUUCCUGGCCAUGUUCCAGAGCCGCCACGCCAAGGAUCUGGCCCUCCUGGACAUCUCUGAAAGCGUCCAAAUCUACCUGGGCUACGAGCGCACUGAACUGCUCUGUAAGUCAUGGUACGGACUGCUGCACCCCGAAGACCUGGGCCACGCCUCUGCUCAGCACUACCGACUGUUGGCUGAGAGUGGAGACAUUCAGGCCGAGAUGGUGGUGCGGCUGCAAGCCAAGCCCGGAGGUUGGGCGUGGGUUUACUGCCUGUUAUACUCAGAGGGCCUGGAGGGCCCCAUCACUGCCAACAACUACCCGAUCAGUGACACAGAGGCCUGGAGCCUCCGCCAGCAGCUGAACUCGGAAAACAGCCAGCCCGGCUACCUCCUGGGCACCCCCGCCGCGCUGACCACCUUCCCGCCAGCCGUGGUCAGCCAGGAGCAGUGCUCCAGCCCCGACCCCCUGUUCACCCCUGCCCCGGCGGGCCCCAGGAGCGCCAGUUUCCCCAGCGCCCCCGAACUGGGGGCUGCCUCCACGUCCGAGGAUCUUCGGCGGCCCCGCAAGGAGCCAGGCUUCACUUACCUGACCUUCCCGGCGGGCGCGGAGCCGCCCCUGCAGGCCGACCUGAGCAAGGACCUGGUGUGCACGCCCCCCUACACGCCCCACCAGCUGGGGGGCUGCGCCUUCCUCUUCAGCCUCCACGAGCCCUUCCAGACCCACCUGCCCGCCGCCUCGGGCGCUCUCCAUGAGCAGUUGACUCCCAGCACGGCCACCUUCUCCGAGCAGCUGACCCCCAGCAGCGCCACCUUCCCGGGCCCGCUGACCGAAGCUGCCGUCGGCAGCUAUGAAGAGGCGCUGGGGGCCGGAGCCUCGUCCUUCCCGGACCAGCUGCUGCCCAGCACGGCCGCCUUCCCCGAGCCUCUGGGCAGCCCCACCCAGGAGCAGCUGACCCCGCCCACCACGGCCUUCCAGGCCCACCUGAACAGCCCCAGCCAGACUUUCCCGGAGCCGCUCAGCCCCAAUCCCACCAAGACGUACUUUGCCCAGGAGGGCUGCAGUUUUCUCUAUGAGAAGUUGCCCCCGAGUCCCAGCAGCCCUGGUAAUGGGGACUGCACGCUGCUGGCCCUCGCCCAGCUCCGGGGGCCGCUCUCCGUGGACGUGCCCCUGAUGCCCGAAGGCCUGCUCACCCCCGAGGCCUCGCCCGUCAAGCAGAGUUUCUUCCACUACUCGGAGAAGGCGCAGAGUGAGAUCGAACGGCUCAUCCAGCAGAUCGGUCAGCUGGCCCAAGGCUCGGAUAGGCCCUUCUCGGCCGAGGCCGGCGCCGGCGGCCUGGAGUCACUCGGAGGACUGGAGCCGCUGAACCCCAACCUGUCCCUGUCGGGGGCUGGCCCCCCUGUGCUCAGCCUGGACCUGAAGCCCUGGAAGUGCCAGGAGCUGGACUUCCUGGCGGGUUCCAACAACAUGUUCCUGGAGGAGCUGCCUGUGGAAGACAUCUUCAUGGAUCUCUCCAGCCCAGACCCCAGUGGGGAGUGGGGCUCCGGGGAGCCCGAAGCCGCCAUCCCGGCAGGAACCCCUUCGCCUUGCAACAACCUGUCCCCAGAAGACCAUAGCUUCCUGGAGGACCUGGCCACCUAUGAAACCGCCUUUGAGACAGGUGUCUCAGCUUUCCCCUACGAUGGGUUUACUGAUGAGUUGCAUCAACUCCAGAGCCAAGUUCAAGACAGCUUCCAUGAAGAUGGAAGUGGAGGGGAACCAACGUUUUGAAUAAGUCUGUGACUUAACGUCGUCAAGUAUGGCAUAUUGUCAUCAAGACGUGGAGCCGCUCUCCACCCCCCCGGAACUGCUGGGGGGAUUCUGGAGGCCGGAGGGGGAUAUAUCUGAUUCC